CAGUUAUGGGAUUCGGAUGGACCAUCAUAUAUGCCGAAACCUUGCACCGGACUUAAACGGUAUUCCUUUGUGCCAGCCGACGUGCCAGUUACCGGGUUUGGUUGUGGGUCCUAAGCGUUUCACAACCUUGUUUUGGAACGAAUCCGAAUCCGAGAACAUUUUGUAACCGUCUGAUCUGGACUCGGAUCCUUUCUCUUAGCGGGUCUGGAUCCGGGUUCGGCCCGUUCGGGUCCUGCGACACUGUGAUUACGGCGGCGCUUCUUUUGCGGCCGGAGAAUUAUUACGUACCCGGAACGCCCCAGUUGGCGAGGGGCAGACCGGUCUCUCUUCUGGUGCGCUCGUUUCCUUCCUCUUCUCUUCUAUUUUGCCGCCUCUCUCUAGUCUCCGAGCCCAAGCAAAGGCGAAGCAGGGGAAAAAAAAAGGAGAAGGAAUGCCAGCGCAAGAAGAUGUAAACAAGAAUGUCGGCAAGCGCAAGCGGAAGCAAGUUUUCAUCUACGGCAACUACAAGAACUACUACGGAUAUCGAAUACAUCGGGAUCAGAAGGAAGAUCCCCGACUUAUGGUUAUGAAGAGGGAAUGGUUCGAGGGCAAGGAUUGCCUUGAUAUUGGUUGCAACCAAGGGUUGAUAACCAUUGAGAUAGCAACGAAGUUCUUCUGCCGAAGCAUUCUUGGAAUAGAUAUUGACGGAGGUUUGAUUGAAACUGCUAACUGGAAUCUACGGAAGAUAGCUAGAAUGGGACAUAGUAAUUGUCAAUCGAAGGAGGCUUCUGAUUUGCAGAUUUUAGAUGGGUCAAAUUAUUCAAAGCACAAGGUCUCUCAGGCUUCAGAUGGUGAAAUGUUUCAUGGUCAGCACGGUCCCUCUUCUCCCUCAGAAGGCAAAAUUUUUGAAAGAGUUACUUUCCGGAAAGAAAAUUUUAUUCAAAGUCUGCAUGGAUGCUCGGAGAAGUAUGAUGCUAUUAUUUGUUUGAGUGUAACAAAAUGGAUCCAUCUGAAUUGGGGUGAUGAUGGAUUGAUUACUUUGUUCGUAAAGAUAUGGAGACUUCUUAGACCGGGUGGGAUUCUUCUAUUGGAGCCUCAGCCUUGGUCUUCAUAUAAAAAAAAUCGACCAGUCUCUGAGACUGCAAUGGCGAAGUACAAUGAAAUUACUCUACAUCCAGACAACUUUCGAGACAUACUUCUAGACAAGGUCGGAUUCAGAUCAGCGGAGGUUAUAACUGACAGUUUGUCCGGCACUGUUGUUGGGUUUAACCGGCCUAUUUUUGUCUUUCACAAGUGACUCAUGAAGGAAACUAAGCUAAUACAGUAGCCAGCAAACCUUACCAUAGGAAAAUUUGAAGAAAUUGGAAGCUUAACAGUGGAUGUCCAAUCGGCAUUCUACACUGUUAAAAUCACAUUUGGAUUGGUUGGCAAAUUCCUGACUUGCUAUCGGAUCUGCACCAUGGUGAGUCCUUCCUGCAAAUUUCAAGUGAUAUAGAGCAGCCGGUAUCUUCAUCCGUAUGUAUUACUUUUCUAUAAUAAAGGAGCUGUUGAUGCCCCUUCAAGUGAACUGUAAAAAAGGAAAAAAAAUGUUGAAUAUCUAUCUGGAGCAGAAUGGGAUGGGUCAUCAUAUUUUGUCUUGAAGCGGUAUGUUAAGUUUGAAUGCGUAAAAAGGCUUACUGGCAUAUACAAACUAAGCUAGGGAUAGGUACAGCGUACAGCAAGCAAUUAGACAAAACAUAUUUAAUCAUGCUGUAUAUUUAUUUCUUGCAAUCUAUGCGCGCCUGCUGACAACUGUGCAUAGUUGGUUGAUGAACCCAAUAGGCAUGUACCACCAUGCACGGUUCUGUAUGGCAAGCAAUUUGUACCA